AUGAAGCUCCUUACCUUCCUUUCUGCAGCAUUUCUGCUAGCCCAUGGGGGCUCGACAGCCCCUACGCCGGAGGACGCUACCACAACGGCAGCCACCUCCAAGUGCUCCAAGACCCUGGUCCGAAAGGAAUGGAGGAAGCUGUCCAAGCAGGAGCGGCUAGACUACCUGGCUGCAGUAAAGUGCCUGCAGUCUAAGCCGGCCAAGACCGCUUCGCUCUACGCAGGGGUGAAGAACCGGUAUGACGACUUCCAAGCAGUGCACAUUGCAAUGACGGAGAAAAUUCACUUUGUGGGUCAAUUCCUGCCGUGGCACCGCAAGUUCUUGGCCAUCUACGAGGCAGAGUUGAGAAACACUUGCUGCUACACGGGUGCUCAACCAUACUGGGACUGGACCAAGGAUGCGGUUAGCGAGGAUGCUUGGAACAAUUCACCUCUGUUCGACGACACCUACGGCUUCGGAGGUAAUGGUGAAUGGCUUGAGGAUGUCUCUGGCCUCCCCAGUACCUCCCUGGCUCCCGGUCCCCUACAGCCCAGGACCGGUGGUGGUUGUGUUGUCGAUGGCCCGUUUGCCAACCACACUGUCAGCUUGGGUCCCGGAAACAGCCUCACUUACUCACCGCACUGCUUGCGCCGUGACUUCAUCCCGUCCCUCGUCACCAAGAAGCUGACCGCAGCUGAGGUUGCGUGGGAGUCGUCCGCCCCGACCUUCUACGAGUAUACCCAGCAUAUCGAGAUCGCCAACAUGUCUUCCGAUCUGUCUGGCAUCACGACUCAUGGUGGUGGUCACUUCGGUGUCGGUGGUAUGGUUGGAGAGAUGUCCGAUAUGUACUCUUCUCCCGGUGACCCAUUGUUCUUCCUUCACCAUGGCAAAUUGGACUACGAAUGGAACAGGUGGCAGCGUCUGUCUUGGGCUACCCGUAAGUCCGAAAUUGGUGGCCCCGACACCAUGUGGGCUUAUCCCUACAACUACUGGGGUGACAUCCCGUACACCAACAUCACGCUUGACUUCAGUCUGGCUUAUCCCGGACUGGCAUCAAGCGUGACUAUCCGAGAUGUUAUGGAUAUUACUGCCAGCCAACUAUGCUAUACCUACGCCUGA